AUGCGAUGCAGCCCAGGGAUCGGUCCAUUUAAGGGUGAGCCACUGGAAACUGUUUGUGCAAGGCCGAGGAUGGGAACUCUUGGUUUUGGACUGUUCAGCCUACUUUUGUUUUCCCUCUACACGUCUGCUGAGUUCGGUAGAGUUUCUGUGUUUUGCGUGUAACAAUGAUGGUGUUUGUUUUCUAGAUCUUGUCUUAUGGUCGUUUUCUGUAAGUCCUAUGUACCUGCUAUUGUCCUUACGUGUGACGGUGGCUUGAUAGGUAACUGAUGAUUGAAGGCAGUUUCCGUCGAAUUGGCAGUUGCAGUUGUUUUGCCAUCAUAGCGUAUCCUUUUAUUAAGCUCACCCCACAAUAGCGCAAAUAAAAGAUGCAACCUCUGCCUUAAAGAAAAUUCCUAAUCAUCUGCCGACCUGAUUUGUCAUCACUUGACAAACGUAAUGAACUCGUGUCUUCAUGAUGUCACAGAGACAAAGCGUUGCUGCGUAACAGCUGAACAAAGCAUCUAAAUUUACCGCCACAUUUAUUAUGCAAAUUUUAUUGUCUUUAAACGAUGGUUACAAACAUUCUUGCCAUUAAAAUCCCCUGUAGAGUGAUUCUAUCACGAAACAGGCUUUUCGGGAUAAAGCGUAAUCUCUUUGUUUUUUCCUUAACCAGUUCAUACGCUCUACUUCUAUGUCUCCAGCACUGUGAUACGGGGAAACCGAAACAUAAACUUCCUAUAUAUGUAUAUAUCAUACCAUAUCAUACGCCACAGCAGAUCUAUGAUUCUCUCUUUAAAAAUGCCGAGUAUGCGAAUUCAGUAAGGAAGAGGCAAAACCGAAAGUGCUUAUUUCUCUUGGUUAAACUUUUCUUUUGACGUCAAUAACUCUUGUAAACAAAUUCACGAUGCAAAGCUUCAAUUAAAUUUUGUUUUGGAUUAACUAUGGGAAUGCAAAAAGUCGAAGGGAUUGAGAAACUUGCAAAAGCUUUGGUUCCUUUGAAAUUUAUCGUAAAAAAAAUAUGCUUUCCCAAAAAUUUCUGGCAUCUCUCUUCGAGGGCUCCGCAAACUGGCAAAGAUACAAUUAGUUAAACCUCAGAGACAAGAGGUUCUAUUCAUUAAUUAACAGUACAAAAGAAGCUGGUCCAUUGGCGCCUGUCUCGUCGCUAAUAAAUAUUUUAUUUCUUUCAUUUUUACAAAAGAGGCCAAAUGUUCUGAGAGUUUCGUUGGCCUUGCUAAAGCUUGGAUGCCAGUUACUCAAUUUAACAAGUGGAAUUAGUCGAAAGAAUUAUCCCGAAUGUAAUUUAAAAUACCCUCAUUUUGCGGUAAGUAUUAAUGAAGGUCAGGAAACUAUUAUAAGGAAACAUAAUUCCCAUUUUGGAAGUCCUAUAGAUUAAGAUUGAGGUCUUGGCAAAGUAAAUUGAGUGAGUGAUAUAUACGUUUCAAUGGAAUAUGAACUAAACUCGUUUGUUAUUUUCUCGAGAAUAGUAGAGAAUGCGUAGCAGAUAUUUAUGAUAUUUGAGUUAUUUGUAUCAUAUAAGAUGUUUAGAGAAUAAUGCAGGAGCGCGCGUAGAUUCGAUGUCGAUCGAUGAUGUUUUACGUCUGACCGAAAAUCUUUCAAACAGGAAGCCUGAAAAGUUAUUUCUUUGUGGUUCAAACUAAAUUUUCACAUGCAACACAGGUCUGCUAAUUAAAAUCAGAGCAGAUUAAGUUUAUAACUAACCGAAGAGUCACUUGCUGGAUUUUUCUCUGCUUUUCCGAAUUUCUGGGCUAUGCAUUGAUGCAUUUCUUACCUCGUAUUUUUAUAUUGUCUCUCCUGAAUUAUCUCUAGAUGUAAAGUUUGGGAAAUUUUAGCGAACAAGGCCGCUUCUCGUUUUCUUUCUUGAUCGAGUAUGCAGAAUUUUCAAUUCUCGGGUUAAUUUCAAUAUAUAUGCAUAAGGGAUUUUUCCCAGGCUAAUACGCAAACUAAGCUGUAAGCAAAAACAAAACAAAGAAACACGAGUUUUGAGGGUUCUUACAACUUUACGUUCACAUUGAUAGCCUAGUUGCAAUACAGGGGUUUUAGUUGUGCUGCAUGAUUAGAUGCCUAGUUAAUUAGAAGGCUAAGUCCGUGUAGUUUGGCAGAAGUGAAUCAGAAACGCGCUGGACCAAAAUAUAUAAUUCAGCUGAAAAUUUAUCCUGGUAUUGGCGUGGGAAUGUUUUUUUUUAUUAUUUUUCAUUUUACCAUGGUGAGGUGUACGUUAGCUUGCAUGUCUGAGGGUUUAAUGUUGCCUUUCAUUUACAGAAAUCAAAUCAAAGCUGCAUCAAGAUGAACAAGAUAAAGAAAACGUUUGACUUACUCUCCCUGAUAUCGGUGUUAUACUUAUUAAAUGUUUCAGUUGGCAAACAGUGCAAAACAGCAGAAGCAUCUAUUUCGGGGAAAGCUCUCAUGGGUUACACGUUUAAAUCUUUGGCUGUGCGGGCACCGUUUGAAUGUCAAGUACGUUGUGAGAACACUUUUCAUUGUCAGAGUUACAACUUUUUCUUACCGAGAAAAAUUUGUGAAUUAAACAACAGAACUAAGGAAGCAAGACCACGAAACUUUGUCACGGAUGAAGAUCGAUUUUACGUGAGGAGCUGGCCUAACAGAGGUAAAGUGUUGAUAAAAGUGGAUUAUAGCUUUGCUUCUGCAGGACGUUGUCCCAGGACUUAUAGUAAACGAAAUUAGGAAAAUCAUCUCGAAAAUUUUGUUAUUUCUUAGUAUGCACAUUUAGCUCAGAAAAUUCGUCUCCUUAACUGAAAAAGAAUAAUUAAUCGAACAGCUUGGCAUUUCAAAACAAACAUCAAAUCUUGUAGCUGAAUGUUCCAUGGGAUAUUCUGUUGGAAUCAAGUAAAACUUUUGUAUUUUUAGAAAAGACAACGUAGCGGCUUUCUUGUCUGACCAAGUUCAGAUACCUUUAGCGAGAACAUAAGUAUGGGUUUUGGAAUCGCUUUCCAUUGUUGCGUAUACAUCUGACACUCUCAAGAGGUACGAAAGCAGCUUUUAAUCGAAAUUCUGUGAAAAUAUUAAAAACUACCUCCAUUAAGUUAUCUCUUUCCUAUCUCUUGGUCGCAUUUGCCUUUCAUUACGACUACGUUUUUGCAAAUAUGAGCAUAUCAGAAAAACAUAAACAAAGAUUUACAUGACUGCAGCUGAUUUAAAAUAUUUCUUUGACGCGUUUCCAUUUCGCCAUCAUUUUUCAGUUUCCCUAGGCACCAUUCCUGAGUUGUCAGCUGAGUCCUGUAUGGAGAUCGUCUCCAGCGAAGAAGAAAAGGUUGUCAGCGGUUUGUACUGGCUUAAUUUCAGAGAGCUGGGAAUAAUAAAGGUAAUUGCUCUCCCCGUCUGCAGAGAAAUCGCAGUGAUUGCUUAAAUUGGUCGAGCUUUUUUUUUUCUGAGAUCCUGUUCAUCAUGCAUUUUCGUGGCACUUCGUAAUUCAGAAAAUAUCAUCAACUACUACGCCGAGACAAUUUGAUCUUGGCGUCUUGACAUUACGCUCAUCCAUAUCCAUCCAUUCGUAAGUUUAUCCGUGUAUGCGCAUUUAACGCAUGUCUACACGGGUGGGCAAACUGAAGAAACAGAAUGAUAGUCUUAUUUGAAAAUGCUAUGUCGACUCCAAGUUUUAUUUUCAUUAAGUUUUCCCCGCUUUAGAGCGCGGAAGAUUUUCUGUGAAGUAUACACGUACUCGACUUCAACUUUUACGGCUGAGCUACUCGACAUAUUAAGAUUUGCCCGUAUAUUCUGAGAAGUUUACAAAUAUUUAAGAGAGAACAUUGAUCAUAAGAACUUGACUAAAACAUUCGUUAAAACUAACGAUAUCUUUCUCACCAUCAUAAACGGUGUUACUUUCUCUCCCUAGACACUUUUUUGUCAGAGUUUUAAAUACAGCCAAUCCUCGUCAACUGUUGGUUUUAAAAUUUAAGUUAUCGUGCCAAUAUUUCGUAUAAUUUUGAUUCUUCAGGUAUAUUGCGACUUUACACGUGCUAGACAUGGGUGGAACCUCAUAGCUCGAUUCUCAAACACUGAUACAAGGCACUGGAUGCUUGAUUCUGGUCAUUGGUGGUAUGAUAGAAGGGAGGCUUUCGGAGAAACUACUGAUCCAUCUGGCAACACUGACAUGAUAUCACCGUUAUUUUGGCUGCUUAACGGAAGUGAUUUCAAGAUCACACGCAGCGAUGACUCAGAGCAUACUGCUCUACUGCAAACCACAGAUAACUGUCUAGGAGGACACACAUUCCGUUCUAAAGUCACAAACUACGGUGAUUUCAGAAAUGGCACAAUUUGGCCCAAUGCAAGGUGCUUAGGAACAUGCAAAGUGCAAUAUGAUGGACAGUACCAAAUUACUGACGGCUUCGUGCGGGCUUCAUGUAACGGCAGCCUGCAAGCUGCUGAUAAGGUUGGCUUUUGGUGUGAGAUUGGUUGGAGCGGCUCCGUGAUUAUGAUUGGAGGAGCCGGAGGUGCAUGUGGUACAACGUAUCACGGGAUAGGCAUCACAACGGCAAAAGAGGCUUCAUUCAGUGCAGAAAAUGGACGGGCUGAAGAUGAUUUUGGAAAUAGUCCGUGGGGCUCAUCUGAACGGAGUUACUCAUUAAACUUGUGGAUAAGAUGA